UCGAGUAUACAAGGCCUCGUAUGCGGAUACUCUUAAUAAAAUUGUACGAGUUACUAAUUUAAAGUUUGUUGACAUCAUUUGUCUGUUAUUAGUUAUUGACUCAAUUUUAUAUACUUUCUAAUCUAAAAUUAAAUCAAUUUGGUCUUGUAGGCUGAAAUGGAUAGAAUACAAUCAACAGAAGAAACUGAAGAUGGCAGUCAAUCAGUUGACGCGUUUGCGUCCGUCAUGGGACCUGAGCAUCCAGGACGCCUAAGAUUGUACGGACGUGGGGUUACCAAGACUUCCUUAAAAAGAAAAGUGAGAGAUAUUGGAACCUCUUUAAGUUCUACCCAUGAGAUGCUGCAACAAAAAAUGGUGGAAAUUGAAGAAUGGAUGCAACAAAGAAUGCAGGAAAAGUUCAAUGCACAAAAAGAUGCCAUGGAACUACAAGUUGCAGUUAACAUCAUUUCACAACUUAAGCGUCUGAAUCAAGACUUACAGGUCGAUCCCAGCAUGCUAGCUUUCAAUACUCGUUCACCUGGAGAUGCUUCCUCUGCACAACAAGUUGCUGUGAAACUAAUCAAUCGUCUAUCUACUGGGAGUAAUAAUCGAGGUGGAGCAACUGAAGAAAGGGAAGAUGGAGAAGGUGGAGCAACUGAAGAAAGGGAAGAUGGAGAUAGUGAUGAUCUAGACCUUACUUAAGAAGAACUUUGAGUUGUUGUCGAUAUUCUUGGAGUCUUUUGUUAUAACAUUUGAAACUUUAACUUUUGAAGUGUUGAACUGUAAAACUUAUGUAAUUGGGUUAAAACAUUUUGCUAUUAUCGUUAUUCUUAGCUUAUUGGA